ACCAAUACACUUGAUGGGAACAUGUUGCAUCAUGUAAAAUAGAUAUGACAAAAACAGUCCUUCUUAAAUUCCUUCUUGCAGUAGUGAUUACAUUCAUUUUAAUUUUGCCAGAAUAUUUCAAGACACCAAAAGGAAACACAUUGGAGUUAUCAUGCCUGGAAGUGUGUUUACAACCUAAUUUCACCUAUUCAUUUCCCUUAAAUUUUUCUUUGGUGACUUUUCUGCAACCAGCAAGGGAAAACCAGACUAUUCUGGGAAUCUUUCUAAAUCAUUCCAACUUUGAAAACUUCACCAGGAUUUGCCAAGACAUCACAAGAGAAUUUAACACGUGCUGCUCAUGUUUGGUUUGUGAGACCAAAGAAAACAUAAACUUUCCUUCUCAGGGACCAACAUCAAAAGUUCUUAUCAUGAGAGGAUCAAUGGAAGAGAAUGAAAAUGAUUUUUACUCACCCUGCCAACAUUUCAACUUCAUUGUACCUCCUGUAGUUGACUACUUAGAGGAAUAUAACUUUACCUGUCAUCUAAACACCCACACUAAAAUGUCAGCAAUCUUGGAGGAAGUUGCAAUACAGAAAAAGUCUAGAAAUCAUACUUACAGAAUUAAGGAAUACCCAAAUAAUUGUAUACACAUUUAUUUGCACCUGGAAAAGGAUGCAAAAAAUUUCAUCUGUUCCAUGAAGAUCACUUGGUAUGCUUUAGUUCUAUCAGUUUUUAUAUUUUUGUUCAUCGUCACUAUCCACAAAAUACUUGAAGGCCACAGGAGAGCGAGGAAGUGGCAGAGUCAUAAAUACCGAUCUACAUCUGUUCUCUUAAGAGGAAAUGAUUCUGAGAAACUUCGAACAUUGAAUGUGCGGGUUAUUUCAGGCACCACGCAGAGACUGCCCUUGAUUCAGGUCAAGAAAGUGCUCCCCCAAAUACCUGAACUAGAAGUCGCUUCCAUGGUGCAUUAGCAAGAUCAAUAAACUUGGUUAUCCUUUUGAAUUCCUCUGGACAACUUGGACAGAAUCCUGUUGAAGAAUACUCCUAAUUUUAUUUUGGAAAUGAGUGAACUGAUAAAUAUUUCGGUCCAACUGAGGAUGAACAAGAGGAAACAGCAGGAAUACUGGCUUGUUGGUGAAAAUCAGCUCAACAGCACUCAUUUGACCCAUGAUAUCAAAGGAACGAGUUUUUUUUCAGGAAGUCAUUAUGACUCAUAGAAGGUAGGGAAGCUCAUGGAAACAGCAAAAGAAUGCUUACCCUCCUUGGUGUCUGUCAUUGUUCAGCUUCAAAUGGCUCCAAGAUAUUAAUUUUGGGGAACCAAAUAAAUAUAGAGUCAAGGAUGAAA